AGUUCUUGCUUCAAUAUUUUCACACCUUCGCAACCACAUGCUCGUUUCAAAUUAAAGAAAAUCACCGGAUACUGGACCAUGGAUCCAAGAACGCCUAUGAAAACUCGCUCGAAACAGACGGUUCACGACCGUGGUUCGGAGUCUGAGCAUCAGCCGCUGGAAGUUUUCUGCCGCAUAAAACCCUUUCCUCAGAACACCGAAGUUGGAGUUAUUGCCGUUGGCGAUGACUGCGUUCGUCUUGAAUAUCCUGGGAGAGAACAUGAAGCUCGUGAUCAUAUCUUCACUCAUGUUUUCGGACCAGAUUCUACUCAGAAGGAAGUUUUUGAUAACGUCGCUCUCCCACUCGUCAGCGAUGCCUUGAAGGGAAAAUCUGCUCUGCUGUUCACGUAUGGUGUCACCGGUUCUGGCAAGACAUUUACAAUGACAGGAACUCACGAGGAUAUUGGCAUUGUUCCGCGUUGUGUGGAUGUUGUCUUCAAUUCCAUCAAGUCUUGCCACGCAAUGCGCGGGAUCGUUGAAUACGAAGGAAAUAACAUGUUUUCGAUUCAUUCUCUUGCCGAUGCAAUGGAAAAAAAGCAAGCUGGUUUAUACAAAAUCCCCAAGACUCCUGGAGGAUUCAAACUCAUAAAAACGGACAUCGACAGCGAACAAAAUCGCGUUUGUGACACCACGUUUCUUGAGCUGGAAGCUAUGAAUGUGAUAGCUGUCUUCGCAUCUUACGUCGAGAACCAUGAGACGAAAUUGUACGAUCUCCUGGACGAUAAUUUCUUGGACCCCAUCAAACGGACAUUCCAUACGAAGAAAAUAUGCGAUGUCCACAGUCUGCAGCAAGCGUUUAUUAAGGACCUGACCGAGAUCGAAGUCAGAAGUGCCCAGGAAGCUUUGGACGUUCUGAACAUGGGAAUAAGGAGACGUACAACUGCCGCCACUGCUUUGAAUUCCGAGUCUUCUCGUGGACAUGCCAUUUUCACGCUGAAGUUUAUUCAUACCCCGAUGGCGAAUAUUGAUCGUUCAGAGGCGGAUUCGACAGCUUACACCAUCUCCCAGCUUUCCCUUGUCGAUUUGGCCGGAUCAGAGCGACUUGCGAGGACGAACAAUCAAGGAAGACUACGAAGGGAAGCCAAUCACAUCAACCAGUCGCUUAUGACCCUAAGACAAUGUCUGGAUUUGCUGCGUGAGAACCAACGAAAUGGCACCAACAAACCGGUGCCGUUCCGCGAGUCAAAGAUCACCCAGUUGUUCAAAGGAUUUUUCGCAGGGAAAGGACAAGUUAGACUAGUUGUUUGCGUCAACCCCAGUCUUCUGGACUUCGAAGAAAACUUGCAAGUUCUUCGGUUUGCCGAAGAUGCCCAAGACGUGAUGAUCCAGAAACAGAAUGCCGUAGGAUUUAAUCCUGAUGAUUUCAAAGAGAAUGCUGUGAAAGCCGACAAUCUUGCUCGAGCAGAAGAUUUUCCCAUCACGGUGAACCUGAAGGCGCCGAUUUUUGCUGACAAUGGCGGUCGGGAGAACUUGUCUGUGUUUUCUUUUAAUGCGAGCGAGAUGUUCGAUGAUGAUCUGGAUGACAAAUUUGAUUUGUUGAGUGAUGAAUUGGGGAAGCGACUGAAAGUCCGCGGAGUUCGUCGGGAAGAGUCAAUGAACUUACUGAGUUGGGCUGUGGAUCGGACUGAGAAGUUGUUGAAAGACUUCAACGCUGCUAAAAUGUCCUCCAAAAAUUACAAGGAGAUGUACGAGGACCAGAAGAAAGAAACCGAUCGUCUUUCGCAUAUGCUGGGUGCUACUCAGGCCGAAAGAGAACAGAUGCGUCUCAACGUUAGCAAGCAAGAACGUCUCCAAGUUGAGCUUGCGAAUCAGUUGAGGAAUAAAGAAGCUGAAGUUGCUGCGGAACGCGUGCGAGCCGAAAAUACUCGCCUGCAGGCACGAAAAGAAACGUCGUCCAUCGUGAAGAAGCGUAUGGCAGAGUUCGAAGUGAAGGCCAACGAAGAACGUGCCAGACGCGAGCAUCAAAUCCGUCGCACUCAACGCGCCUUGAAGAAGAUUGGGAAUCUGGCGAAUUUGGGCGAGAUUUCCUCGUCAGAGAGCGACAUCUUGUCUGCGUUGGAGAUGGAACGUCAACGGGAAAGGCCUAUGGAGCAGACCAAGAUCCCGAUGCCUUCCCAGGUUCAACCCAGGGCCGUGACGAGGAACCAAGCCAUAGUCAAGGGACCUCCAGUGGUGAAUCCGAGACACAGGAGGAGCUUGAGUGAAGGAAACAAGAAAGAACGUUGGUUGGAUCAUCAGCCUUCGAAUUUGGUUCCUUUGGGAACCAUCAUGAACCCAACUGGACUGGAUAAAGUCCGAAGGAAAAGCGUCACCAAAAUAAGUUUGGAAGAUGUUGUGAAAAGUCAUCAUUACGCUUUGACCCACCAGCAGCAUGAUUCGGACGGCGAUUUGGAAACGCAUGUUGUCAAGGGAGAUGUGCUGCCCACGAGUUCUGGAGGAAGACAGUGCAUUUUCACUGACGUUGAAGUUUUGAGGCAAAAGUCCCCAACAAAACGUCCUUCGGAAGAACAUAAUAAUACACGCUCUUUGAGGUCGUCCAAGAUGGAGAAGUACAGUUUAAAAUGGAACUCUCACUACAUGGAAGCAUUCGGCGCGUUCGAGCUGCUUCGGCGCCAAGGCUUGUUUGUGGAUGUGACUCUCAGUUGUGGCACGCUGUACCCCAUAAUUUUCUUCAACGAAACCCGGUCGCAUCACUUGAAGUUGAUCGUGAAGUUCAUGUACGAAGGAGAAGUUGAAGUACCUUCGGAAAUGUUGGCAGAGUUUUUAAAACUGGCUGAGGAGCUUGAGAUCAAGGGUCUCAAGCGAGUCGAUGAAGCGAAGUCCAAUCGUUGCGAAGAUGUUCUACAAGGAUCUUCGGGAACAAUCGACCGACAGACAAUCACGGAGCAUAAAUCAUCCACACCACCGUGCACCGCCAAUCAGCCCGAAUCAGAUUCAGUCGGAAUUGAACUUGAAGUUGAAGAAUGUAUACCGUACGACUCCAUCAAAUGUGAAUUCAGCCCUUCAAUGAAUUCCGACCCACUGGUGGAUUCGGAAAAAAUUAUCUGCGGAAACGGAGAUCAUAUCAUGAGUGAUGAUUACGACACCACCGAAUUGUCAACGGAAAGUGAUCCGAAGCCUGACGCGUACAAGCAUCUUGCACCGACUUCUUCAUCUAUCCCCGAAAUAUCAGCACAGGAAGUAGAAGUGCACGUAGUGUGCAAACCGAGGCCGGUUGAGGAGAAGUACGUGACCAUCACGAUUGAAACUUGUGUUUUCCAGGACCUGUUGGAUUACAAUCUAAAAGAAGAAGAACUCGUGCACAUGUUCGAUCCUGCUACAUUGACACCUUCCCGAUUCGUAGCCAAAUUAAUGGGUAUUUUAUGUUCAACCGAAGAAAUGGCUACUCACUCUCUGUGCGGGUACAUGACUGGGAAGGAUUACAAGCCAAAACUCGAUCCUGCAAAAGUUGACGUCAUUCUUCGAUACACCGUCCUGUUGUAUCCGUACGUGUCCGAAAGUUUGAUAAGGCGUUCGAUUCAGCAAAAGCUGAACAACGUGGACAAAUACAUGAAGCAGAAGAAGAAGCAAGUGGAAAAAGAGAGGCAUGAAAUGCGGCAGCAUCAACAAAUGUUCCCGUUUCGAAGCAUGAUUCCAUGGCCGAACUUUGCGGCUGGUUUUUUAAUUUUGUUGAUCGUGAAAGUGCAAUUAUGUGCGAGUUGGUAUCAGCAAGAGGAGUUGGAAUUAUUCGACCUGGUGGAAGAAGUCGGAGAAAAUUUUUAUUCCGUCAUGAAAGUUUCUUCGGAAGCUACAAAUUCAGAAUUGAAGAAGGCUUUCAGGACCUUGUCGCUGACGCUGCAUCCUGACAAAAACAGCGCUCCUGAUGCGAGUGUGAAAUUUCGUCAAAUGGUUGCUGUUCAUGAUGUGCUCAAAGAUGCAGAAAAACGGAAACGAUACGAUCAAGUGUUGCGUGAAGGGUUGCCGGAUUGGAAACAACCUGUUUUCUACUUCCGGCGUAUGCGGAAAAUGGGUUUCGGUGAAUUGUUCGUCCUUCUGGGGACUCUGAUGACUGUUGGUCAUUACCUGAUGAGCUGGGGUGCUUAUUGGGAGAAUGUCUGGACGCUCUCGGAGAACAUGCCGAAGAAGAGGAAAAAGAAAGUCAAGGGGAAGGUAGAAGACGAGGAAGAAGAAGAUUUCGAAGAGUUUUUGCAAAAGCCUGGAUGGAGAACGCUGUUGCCCUUUAUUCUCGCGAGGAACAUGAUCUGGGUUGUCGUUUCUAUCCCAGUGUGGUACAAAGAACACAAAGAAUUGCAGGAGCGUCGAAAAAUUCUGCGUUUGCGGAAAGAAAAGGAAGAAGAGGAGUUUCUUGCUGCUGUCAUGGCUGCGAAAGAGCCAAAACCCAAGAAGAAGCGUGUUCAGCACAUCCCAGACUUCGAAUCACUUCCCUGUGGGUCCCCAGGGAGAAAUGCAGCUCCGCAAACCACUGGCUCAUCCGAUGAGCCUGUUGAAGAACGUUCAGGUGGCCUGUGGACAGACAAAGACCUCGCAACUCUGGGAAAAAUGAUGCGGAAAUAUCCGGGUGCAGUUCCGGGUCGCUGGGAAUUGAUUGCCCGUCAAAUGCAACGAACCGUUUUUGAAGUUACCCUUAUGGCGAAUCGGAUUAAAAAAUCCCAACCCGCCGCGGAAUCUCUGGUUGCUCUGCAAAGUGAAGCUUCCAGCGGGCAGCAGCUGAUCCCGAGUCAUGAAGCUGAAGCCUCCAGUUCUGAUGACGAAGAAGAUGAGGAGGAAGAAUACGGGGGUCGGAUGGCGGAAUUCGAGAGACCAGUGUUUGAGGAGAAGAAGAAGGUGAAGCGGAAAGCUGCUCCAGUCGCUGCAGCGGGAAAGCCCUGGUCACAGAUUCAGCAAGAAGCACUUGAGAAAGCGCUCAAAAAGUAUCCGAAGGGAAUCGAUGAGCGAUGGGAGAAAAUUUCGAAUUCCGUACCAGGCAAAACGAAGGAGGAUUGUUUGGAAAGAUGUCGAGAGUUGGCGAAAAACGUGCGGAAGAAGAAAGAGGAAGUGGGAGGCCCUGAAGACGGUGAACCGCGUGAAGAUGCACCUUGUGAUAACGUGCUGUGACUUUUGUUUGUUUGUCGUUUUUAACUCAUUCGGAAAGGAUUUCGAUGUAUUUAACAAUCGUUUGCGUCCUCGGGAUUCUCCGAGGGUUUUGGUUGAUGUUCGCGAGUUGCCCGGCAUGGUGACAAGGAUUAAAAUCUCACACCCUCGGGCUGGGCUUGGUUUUGUAGCAUCAAUUUUUGAAACACGAAUGAAGUGAAUUUUGCCUUUGAGAAUUUUGCAUUAUUGUUUCCACGCAGGUUGGAGAAUGCGGCUGAAGUGCGGUGUGACCCACGUGUUCCAUGAUAUCUUGCACGGAUUUCCAGAUGCUCCUUCAAUUGUGUGAAGAAUAAAGGCUUGGUUACCAACUGAA